AUGUAUGUGUCCGAUUUACAGCUAGGGCGAAACUGUGACUCAGACUGCAGUGAUGGCGAGGAGGACUUCUACUACACAGAGAUCAAACUCAACACGGACUCAGUGGCGGACGGUCUGAGCAGCCUGUCCCCGGUCUCGCCCUCAGUCCUGUCCCCUCCAGCCCCUCCCCCCUCCCCUCUGCCCAGCGCGGGACACUCAGACCCCCACAGGCCUCCACAGUUUGACACCAAGGAGCCCCAUGUGGGAGGCACCACCCCCCUGAGCCGCUCGGCCCCCAGUGCUCUCUACCUCAUCCACACAGACCACGCCUACCAGGCCACAGCUCCUGUGUCCAUUCCGUCCAACGGAAACAACAUGAACGGCUCGACCAGCUUCACUCCCACCAACAGCUCCAGCUUCAGCAUCUCCUGGCAGUCCCCUCCGGUCACUUUUACCGGCAAUUCGAUGUCUCCAAGUAAGAGCCAGGGUUUUGGAGAACAGCGCUCCCAAACCAUUGCCGUCUUGUCAUCCCCUCCUCGAGCCACCACAGCUCUCAGUCGGAAGGUGCGUGGUGAGGGUAAGAAGUGUCGUAAAGUGUACGGGAUGGAAAAUCGCGAUAUGUGGUGCACGGCCUGUCGCUGGAAGAAGGCCUGUCAGAGAUUCACCGACUGAGAUCCUGCGCCUGUAUGACAGGUGCUGCUCCUGCAAGGGGGGGCGCACUUUGCAUGCUUUUCUUCUGCUCAAAAACCUCAAAACCUGUCAGGACUCUCCCUCCAUAACACCUCCCCACUCCAAACCAUUCCUCCACAAGACGGGGCAGCCGGCGUUUACUGUUCCGUCCAAGAUUCCCAAAUGUUGCCUCGCUACUCCCGACCCGCCUUUGGGAAACUCCAGUGCAGCUACACUUUGUAAAAAGGAAAAAAAAAAACAGAUCAAAGAGUUUCUUUGUUUUUAUGUUAGAUUCAGUGUUGCAUCUGAGUUUUAAAUGGGAAGUGUGUUAAAGAAAGAAAUAAUUUCAGAAAAGGUGCAUUUUUAUUGAACGGAGGAAAGGCCUUUGAAAAACAUUGUGAGAAAAGUUGGAGGUGAUGUGUGGCGUUCUUUCUUCCUUCAGUAUAUUCAUCUGAUUUCUGGACUUUUUUGAGGAGAUUUUAUGUCACCUCCUUCACAGCCUUUUCUCCAUUUUCACAGCCCAAAAGGAACACUGAUAAAUUAAACAUGGAUGAUCAUUGCAAAAAAGAUCCAACUUUUACAGUCAGGGAACACAGAUGGACCACAUCAGUCAAACUGCUACAUGAAUAUUACAAUCAGCAGAGGUAAUAUUUGAAUCGUUUUCAGUUUAUCAGGGAUGUAAUUUUUACAGAACGCAACCAGCAGCAGUUAAAGCUUUUGGGUUAUCCUCAUCUACAACGUAUCCACACAACUUCUAACAACCAAAAACUCUUGUCUUGUUCUUUUAAAUAGUUGUGUUAAAGUGCCAUGUUUUACUGUUUUUAAUCUUUCCUCUCAUGUCUAAAAACCAAGACUGUUUACUUACACACCUUGCAAGGAUGAAAUGAGGACCCUCGUGUUGACAGUGGUGUGUGAAAGAAUGCCCUCCUCCUCUUCCGCCAUUUUGACCACUCUCUCAAAGGGAACUAUUUAGUACUGAGGUGCAUUGGCAAACCAAAGGGGGCACACUUCUACCAACCAAAAGCAAAGCACUUGCACUGUAUGUGUCAAACAGAGCACUUGGUACACAUGUUUGCAGUCUAUGGUUACCUAAAAUGAUUUCAUUUUGAGCAAAAAGCUACCAAGACUUGGCUAGUUAACCCAUUCUGAGUUUGAAAUAUAAUGGGAAAAGCACUUGUUUGAUUAACUUUUUUAAAAUUAACUAGAGAUUCUACAUCUAAGCUGGUGGCUAUGAUUUUCCCAGCAUCCUCGAUCCAGGCACUUUCAAAAAUGAUACAAAAUAUAUGUUAUAUUCUGAUUUAUGGACCAAUAGAAAAAAGGUAUUGGGAAACUACAUUCUGUAUACGUCAUAGUUUUUUCAUUAGGAUUAUGAAUAUUUGUACUACACGCUAACUUGUAUUAAAUAACAUACUUAGAGACCAACACCAGCUGAUAAACUGACUUCAAGCUCGCCCAUUGGGUUCAGUACGUCUAAAGCUAUUUUAUGUUUUCAGCUACUUUUAGUGAUUACAUACUAAGAUAGAUUUUCUUCAUUUUACAUUUUACCUGGUAUAAACAGGUUUGUGUAAGAAUAUAUUGUACUGUUGGACCUUUUGGGGUGCUUUUAUUUUGAAACCUAGAGAUUAGCCUUAACGUCAAACUCAUUGUCCUAUAUGUCAUUUAAAACGCCAUUGUAUCAAGCGAUGUAUUAUGUUUACAAGAUAAGAAAAAUUUAUAUAUAGUUAAGACAUGUUGGGGUUUACGUCAAAGCAAAAAAGACUUUGAUUUGGCAUUUUUGUUUUGUUUCCACAUAUGAAUCUAUAUUGUAAAUGGAUUUUGUUUUCAUGUUCUGGCAAAGAUGUAUAUCUAUAGGAGGCAGUCAUUUACAUGUCCUGCCAAGCUUGUUAUGCGUGUUUCCUCCCAGUGUGUGUGACCCUGUGCUCUCGCCUUGGGCUCCUCCACGCUGACGCUCUCCACCAACCCAGCUGCAUUAGCCGUCCAAAAGCUACACUUGAUUAAAACCUUUAUCUUAUUUCCAAUUCUCCUCUGCUCGGGUUGUCACCACGGCUCAUUCGCAAUUAGUUUGAUUGACAACCCAGUGUUUUUGCCUGUGCUUGGAGGUGCCUGAGGCGAAGUGCUCGGGCGCAGCUCUGCUACGCGGUGCUCUCAGCUCCACUUAAGGAGUCCCCGUACCUUUAUCAAAUGGUCCGAGGUGGUUGACCCUCUGUCACAACAGUCCCGGAGGUUUGACAAACGUGUCGAGGUUAAAAGACCUUUUUUGUUAUAUAUGUUAUAUUGGGUGAAUGUUGUACACCAUGCACUACCCACUGCCCUUUCUCCAUCAUUGUGGUGCUUUGUGUUUUGUGGUCAGGCCAUAUCCUUCCUGUAUUGAAGUGUGGGAAAAACUGGCAGCCAAUCAGAUGCUUUCAGGAUCCAGUCCAAAAACAAGCCUCAUGUGGAUCUGGUUAUUCUGAUAGGCAGCUAAAUUGAAUGACAACUUUAAAUGACAUUUGUAUUUUGUAAACUCCAUGUUGGCAGCAUUUCUGUGGGUUUUGUUAUGGAUUGAAUCCUGUCUGCGUGGCUGUUGUCCGGACAACAUCUUCACUAACAGUGGCACAAAGGUGACCUUAAGCAUGAAGGUGCUUUACAGAGACACUCAGCACCAUCUCUUUGUGAUGGGGCUGGCACUAUGCCCUGUACAGGGGAGAAAAGGAGGUGCUAUUUACCAGAGCUAACUCUCCCUGUGUCUCAUAUUUACUCAUACAUUUUGUACACCUUGUUUUGUUGUAGAACAUGAAAAUAAAAACACCCUGCCUCAAGUCUAUCAAGUGUCCACCAAAA